AUGAUUUCAACUAAUGAAGAUCAAUCUACAAAAGAAUUGAUCGAUGCUUCUAUGAAAUUAAUAAUGCCUCUUUUUGGUUUUUCUAAGUAUCCACUUGGAACAUUCAAUGGAAGAGUCAAUCCAAACAUAAUGGGAGUUGCUUUAAAUAUAAAUGCAUUACCAAAUGUCAAAACCGCUUGUGAUUAUUUGAAUAUUCAAAAAAAAAUGCUUGAGCAAAGUGCACAUUAUGUUAACUUUGUUAAUCAAUGUAAUGAAGUUAAUAUCAAUGGAGAAAUGUUUGGUACACAUACAUUCACCUUGAAAAUGCCAGGUGUACCAUUGAUCAAACAAACUCAAUACAUCAAAACGUUAAAAAAGGAUUAUAUCCUUUUGUUUUCAUUAACGUAUUUCAAUCGCCCCAGCCAAAACAAACUUGAAAAUGUAAUGCGUACACUCAAAUUUCAAUAA